AUGUUUGAUAAGAAAAGUGUUGAUUACAGUCUGUAUCUAGUUACUGAUUCUGGUAUGCUACCCACGGGUACUUCACUAUAUUCGCAGGUCAAGGCUGGCCUAGAGAAUGGUGUAACAUUGGUGCAAUUGCGUGAGAAAGAAACGGAUACAAAAACAUUCGUUGAGGAAGCACUGAAGAUACACGAAUUGUGCCAACAAUUCAAUGUGCCCCUGAUAAUUAACGACCGUAUUGAUGUAGCAUUAGCAAUUAACGCUGAGGGUGUUCACGUUGGUCAAGACGACAUGCCUAUUCCCCUGGUUAGGAAACUAUUAGGCCCUAACAAGAUACUCGGAUGGAGUGUUGGAAAGACAAGUGAGGUGGAAAGAUUAGCGCAGUGGGGACCAGAGAUGAUCGACUAUAUUGGAAUUGGCAUGGUUUUCGCUACAAGUACAAAGAAAAAUCCAAAGAAAUCUCCGAUGGGACCACAAGGGGUGAUUGGAAUAUUGAAUGCCUUAGAGACAAGCAAGGCAACUUGGUGUAGAACUGUUGCGAUUGGUGGACUGCAUCCUGUAAACAUUGAAAGAGUGCUGUACCAAUGUGUUUCGACCAGCGGUAAAAGAUCCCUCGAUGGUAUCAGUGUCGUCAGCGACAUCAUGGCAGCUGCGGAUGCCGCAGCAGCCACCGUUAAUUUGCAUACUUUACUUCGCAAGAAAACUUUCCAAUUUGUUGAUCUGUAUCUUGGCAAUGGUGAAUUGAAACCUGAGGGGCUCAAAAAUGUCAUCGAACAAGUGAAGCAAAACCGCCCACUUGUGCAACACAUUACUAAUAAAGUGCAUCAAAACUUUGGUGCAAACGUUACUUUAGCACUGGGAUCUUCUCCAAUCAUGUCUGAAAUAAAAUCUGAAGUGCAUGAUCUCGCACGUAUACCACAUGCCACUUUGCUGUUGAAUACUGGCUCGGUAGCUCCAUUAGAUAUGGUUCAAGAAGCCAUUUUGGCCUACAAUCAGGUUGGAAGGCCAAUUGUUUUUGAUCCCGUGGGCUAUAGUGCUACUGAAACAAGACAUGUCUUAAAUGAUACCCUACUUUCUUCUGGACAAUUUACCUGUAUUAAGGGUAAUUCGAGUGAAAUUCUUUCCUUGGCGAAGCUUUCCGUGGAAAAGAUGAAAGGUGUGGAUGCUCACACCGGAACAAUCGACAAAAAGUUACUGGAGCGCGCUACUCGUCUUGUAGCUUAUCAGUAUAAAACUGUUGUCGUGUGUACUGGCGAGUACGAUUUUAUUGCGGAUGGAACAGUAUCCGGUCAAUAUGCACUAUCCGUCGGUUCAAGAGGCAAAACAGUGGAGACAAUCCCUUGUUUAGUGAUUGAGAAUGGUCCAAUUGAAAUCAUGGGGCAUAUAACUGCAAGUGGAUGCUCCCUUGGAUCCACGAUUGCAUGCUUCAUUGGUGGCUUAAACACCAAUGGAAAUCUGUUCGAGGCGGUUGUAGCUGCUGUUUUGCUCUACAAAUCUGCCGGCAAAUUAGCUGCUGAGCGUUGCCAAGGAAGUGGUAGCUUUUACUUUCAAUUAGUCGAUGCCUUAUAUCAAUUAUUUCGCGAUAAUAAACCAGAAACUUGGACUGCUAAUUUCCAACGUCUGUAG